AUGUUGGAUGCACUAGUGGAAGUGGUGGCCAAGAAGUCAGUGAACACCUUGAGGCUGGUCCGGAUUGUCAUCUUUCAGACUGCCAUGCUGACUGACUUUUACAACAGUAUGCUGAAGAAGGAAAACACAGAUGUUCAGGAAGAGGAGGACACUGAUGCACAGGAGGCAGUCACUGACCUUCAAGAUGAAGGCACAAUUUUCACUAGGAGUAAAGGUAAUAAGCCACAAAAGCCUGAGAGAUUUGUCUUCAUGGAUAAAGAAGUGGAUCCGGCUUGCUUCCACAUCUGUGGGGAUUCUCAGGCUAAAGUAGAUGAAGCUAAGCAGUGGGUCAAGGACCUGAUCUUGAAGGAGCAAGACAGCUCCAUCAUCACUGACGAUGAUAUCAUCAACUUAACCACUUCUGACCGCCAGCACAUUAGUAACAUGAUCAACACCAUUGGAGUGAGAGUGGAACAGGAGUCAUCUCAAGACAAGCUGACUAUGGAGGGCAUCACCAAAGAUGUGCUCAAAGUUACUAAUGAAAUCCAGAAGAUGCUCCAAAGGAUCCGUAGUGAAGAGGAACUCAGUAGGAGUGCUGAGCUAGCCAGCACCGUGGUGGAAUGGCAGUACCAGCAGCAGGGAGGGCAGUACCAAAGCUUUGACCUCAUCCAUAACUUCCAUCUGGAGCAGGCAAAUGAGACCAAGAAGCAGCAUGUGGAGGUCACUAUCCAAGGUCGGAUGUACAAGGUCACCCUGCCAAAUGGGCCUGCGACAGAUAACCAUGGCAACAGCCUCGAUAUCAGACACAUUGACAAAGAAGCUCAUGACAGUCUUCCUCAGUAUUGGGAUACCAUGACAGACAACUCUUUAUGCCAGUCCUUCCCCAUCCAGCCAGGAACCUCUGAGCAUGAUGAGGUCCUAGGCCUGUUUCAGGAACCUCUGAGCAUGAUGAGGUCCUAG